AAGUGGCUGCGCGAUUUGUAUUUACUGUAUCGACAUUAAAAAACUUUUAAAGCAAAUAUAUCAUUAACGAGACGCCGCCGCAUUAGGAGAAUGGAAGCCUAUCGAUAUUGUGAUUGAAAUAUGUAGGAAGCGAACAGUCAAACCGUUCCAUGUAGGUUACUUUAGAAUGCUGACCACAACGACAGUAGGCGUUAGCCAAUCAACAAAAUGCGCUACUGAUACAGAGCAUGCAACAACAAUAACAACUACAGCGGGAACAACUUCAAACUCAACUGAGGCCAUUGAAGACUUAAAAUCGCUUAAGGUACAGAUAAAAACUGAAGUACUUUCAAUUCUAUCUCCAGAUACCACAAGCAAUCAAUUGCGAACUAUGGCAGAUGAGAUAGGAGGAGCUAUUAAAAACCAUAACUCAAAAACCUUGAAUACAAACAACAAUAACAACAUCAACAGUACUACUACCUCUGCAUCUUCUAAUCCUGCAGAGGCUGCAGCCGGAGGAAGUGCUGCGACAGGAGGAACAGUAGCUUCUCGGCACAGCUCAGCAAAUAGUAGUAGUGUAAAUUCAUCGCCUAAGGCAUUGUCUCUCAACAACUGUGACCAUUCAAACACAAACACAAAUAGCAAUAGCAGCAAUAUUUCAUCCUGCCUAACCCAAAUUGUGGAUACCGACUCUCACCAAGAUGAACUGCUUAUAAAGAAGACCACAAACAUCGUUAAGGAAGAAAACGGCGCAAAGUUAACGACGACUUCGGCUCAGCAAAUGUCGACAAUGGAAAAAGUCAGUCUAAACUCAAGUGGUGCUGGUGGUACCACAAAUAGCUCCGGAUCUAACAACGGCAGCAGCGGAAACCAAAUUGUAUCUGUAACUACUGUGAAAGAAGAACCUUCCGAUAUUAUUGGCAGCUUGGUCCAUAUGAAAAAAGAAGAACAAUUCUCACCAAAUAUGUCACCUGUGGGAUUUGGAUCGAUUGCUCCAUCUGCCAACGCCGCAAUAGAUCAAUCUGAAACAUCAGUUAAAAUCGAACUACCUGCAAAUAAUGGAGAGAAACAUGUAUCAGCUUCAGCUUUGGGCCUGAACAGCGAUGAUAUUGUUGCUUGCAAUCCAACGCUGGUAGAUGCCGAGAGACUAAGUGAAACUUCGGCCACACAUCCAAAUUCUUCAGGAGCUGCAGGAUCUGGAUCGGGGCCCUUACCGUUGCCACCUGGACCUGGUCAAGGGGCACUCAGCCUGACUAAUUUUCUGACGAACAAUAAUAAUGUGGGCGGCACUUGCUUGGAUUAUAUGCAGCAACAGAAUCACAUCUUUGUCUUCUCUACGCAGUUGGCUAAUAAAGGCGCCGAGGCGGUGCUGAGCGGACAAUAUCAGACAAUCAUUGCAUACCAUUGCACUCAGCCAGCGACAAAAACAUUUCUGGAGGAUUUCUUUAUCAAGAAUCCAAUGAAAAUGAAUAAGUUACAGCGUCAAAAUUCGCUUAGUGGAUUGGGUAUAUUCAAUAUGCCUGGUGUUCAAAACUCCUGGGCUCAAAAUUCAUCAGGUUCUGCCAACAUGAAUUCAAAUGCGAAUGCAAACGCGAGUCUUGCAAAAAUACUGCAACCACCGUCACAGAAAUUGGGCGGGCUCAAAAAUCUCUUUAAUAGCCCGACUGAUAAUACAAAUAAAGGCAAUAAUAAUUUUGCUGCUGAUCCAACGUCAGGCGAUGCGUUGGUGAAUGAGAGUGAAAUCAUGUGCUGGGAUACAGACAACCGAAAUAAUUUGGAUGGAUCAUCACAACCUAGUGAGUCGCAAAGCUUAAAACUGAUGGAAGGCAUUGAAGGCGUAGGUACUGUUGGCAGUGGAUUAGGGAAAUGCAGCAACAAUGAACUGAGUCUGAGCGUUGACAACAAUAUUAUAUCGCUGCAGGGUGUCAAGGUGCCGGAUGAGAAUCUAACACCACAGCAACGACAACAUCGCGAGGAGCAAUUGGCCAAAAUAAAAAAGAUGAAUCAAUUUUUGUUCCCAGAAAAUGAUAAAAUCCAGAAUGACUCGGCCAUGGCAAAUUUAAUGAUGAAUAUGCAACAUGGCAAUCCAUCGCAACAGAUAAGACAACAGAUGCACCAGAAAUCUGAGCACAUUCAGUUAGGAACGGAGGAUGUAUUGAUGCCAAUGACAAUGCCACUGCCAGCCGAUGUUAUAGGAGAUAUCGGUACGGUUGUUACGUGUUCCCAAAAAAAUAAUCUUUCGUGUGGAGGAGUGGCUUCAUCGAGUCCAGUAGCAACACCAGGCGGAGCAGGAGUGAAUAGUCUGACUCAAAAUACCAAUAUGUUGACAACAAACUCGCCUGAUAUGGUAGGAUCCUUCGGAAACUCUAACUGCCACAAUAUUAUGAACGUUGGUAGUGUUGGACUUGGUGUCACUGUCGGAGACAAGGUCGAUGGUCUGACGUUACCACAAGCUGGCAACCAAAUGACUCAAUUAGAAUGGAACAAAAUGCAGCAGCAUUUUUUUGAGGAUCGCUUGAAAGUCGGCAAAGCGACUGCGUCUCGUCCAUCCGGCCUAGGACCAGUUCCAGGGGCAGGCACAGUCAAUGUGCAGCAACCGCCUAGCAGUGGAUCUUCCACUGCUUCAAUAAGUAACUCGUCAAAUCAAUCAAUACGCAAUAAUAUUGUUCAAGGACCUCCACCUCCAUACCAUCCAACGCAGAGAUCGGCUUCGGUGCCGAUUGCAACGCAAUCGCCAAAUCCAUCGAGUCCCAACAAUCUCUCGCUGCCUUCGCCUCGCACAUCUGGAGGAACAUUGGGAUUGCCCACAAAUUCACCGAUCAUGGAUUUGCCAGCACUAAAUUCGUCAUCGACUGGAACCGUAUCAUCCUCUGCCGCCUCUGCACCGAAAAGCUGCUUUCAAUCUGGUGGCGAAUCGCCAUCGUCGAGCCGUAAUCGUGGUGCCAUUAAUCAUCUCAAUAGUAAUCCGACCACACCGCUAUCCCACAUUUCUCCCAAGGAACUUGAAUCAUUCAAUCCCACUACAAAUUCAGUGGAUUCAAAAACGACACGGCCAAGUCCACAACGAACACGAUCUCCUUCCAAUGCAGUAACAAAUGUCAACUCUGGUGGAAACCACCAGGUAGAGCAAACUAAUAUGGAUGUGCGGUUUCCUUCAUCGAGUCCAGGUCUCAAUUUCAAUGCUCAGCUCGGACAGCAUUUGCAGGGGAGUCCAAGCAACGUAAUGAAUGCUUUUAAAGGACCUAAUAACCCACUUGAAAUCAAUCGCCAGAAUUGUGGACCACCUAUGCCGCAGUUUAGUCGACGUUCUGAUAAUAUGCCACUGAAUCCAAACAGCGCUAGUAAUCGAUCAGCUCCAAAUGCAAAGAUAUCGCAGAGCUUUGAUCCAAUUUCGUCAUUGGCACAAAUGUCACAGCAGCUGACCAGUUGUGUGCCUGGUGGUGUGGGUGGUAGUCCUGCCGGCGGGAUAAAUAUGCUUGGUACGCCUGACGUCAAUAUGGAGCAUAGUGGCAUGAUGUCUGCUGUUGCCCUAAUAGAUGCCACCGAAAUGGAUCAUAUGAAUCACAAUACAAAUAGCAAUACAUGCCAUUCAGCGAAUACAGUGCUCAAUCCAGUGAUGGGUCAACGCAUGUUGAAUCCAAAGAUGUGUGGCUUCAAUACGAAUGCUGGGCCUGGCCCUGUUUCCAAUAAUAGUAGCGGAUCGCUGACCAUGGCUGGACCAGGAUUUCAUGGCAUAUUGCCAGCUGGCGCAACUCGUAUGAUGGGUCGCAUGCCACAUGUCAACUUUGGACCCAAUUUUAAUGCAAAUAUUCAGGUGAAGGCUAGUACACCCAACACUAUACAAUAUAUGCCAGUGCGUCCACAUAAUAACAAUAAUAACAAUAGUGGAAAUGGGAAUGGAAGUGGAAGUAAUGUCCGUGUGCCCCCAAGCUUGGAGUUUCUCCAACGCUAUGCAAACCCUCAAAUGGCAGGCGGUCCACCAAUUGGUCAUGGUAUUGGCAAUGAUGUGGGACCAAUAAUGAUUGGACCAGGUUCCGGAUCAAUGAAUGUAAGCUCGUCCAAUGAACAACAGCAGCAAAUACAUCAACAACAACAGCAACAACAGGGCAAUAACAAAAUACUUAACAGUCCCAAUAAUAGCAACGGAAUUGGUAUGAAUUUUUUUCAAAAUUGUAAUCAACUGCCUGGCCUUGAUGACGAAGUAGGGGCUGCUGUGGUAAGUGGUGGGCAAACAUCAAUGAUACGUGGCAUGCGGCCACAAGGAGGUAUGCGACAACACACACAUGGGAUGAUGGCACGAAUGCAAGCUCCUAGCAGUCGACAGCAAGUUCAGUUUGCAGGCAUCAAUCCAGAUGGAUUGGAGUGUAACAACGAUCCGGCAGCAGUAUUGUUUAAUAAUAGUUCAAAUGCGGCUGCAUUAUUUGCGGCAAAUCAACAUCAACAGCAGCAAGGCCAAUGUAAGCAAUUACCUUCACAUCAAAAGCCAGUAAUGCCCUCGGGAUUGUGUGCUAACGUUGGCAUGCAAGGCGGCCCGCCAGCGGGACAGGGACAAAAUCACUCCCAUCCGGUAAUGGGUGCACCUAACAGCGGCAACCUGAUGUCAACUGCAGCAGGCAACGGUGUUGGUGGUGUCAAUUUUGUUGGUCCCUCGUCGAAUGAUUUGAAGUAUGCACAACAAUAUCAUAGCUUUCAACAACAACUUUAUGCAACGAACACUAGGAGCCAGCAACAAAUUGGAGGCGUUGGAGGUGGCAAUAUGAUUACUAUGCCACCAAAUUUAUCACCAAACCCCACUUUUUUUUGUCAGCAAAUAAAUAAAAUUAAUUAGAAUUUCUACUUUAAGCAAUUGUGCAUUCAGAGUCAUUCUCCCAAAAUAGUAAUUUUGUCAAUCAAAUUAUAAAAAUUUGAGCAGCGUAGUUUGUCAAUAACAGUCAGCACAUUACAAAUAAACAUCAGAUUGACAGAUGGUGAAAUCUAUCUGACAGUAUACUGAAUUUAUAUGGUAAAUAAAGUUAAAAAAUAUGUGAAUGUAUGGAUAGAAAAUACGGAGCGUACCGUUGCAGCUUCGCAAUAUGUCGUAUUUGUUGUAAAGCACUCUGUAUUAAAUGCAAAUAAGCAAAAAAUGUAGCUAACAUAAUACUUAACGUAUAUCUCAUACACAUACUUAUAAAUAUACGUAUUAUUAUGAAUGUUGAGAUAAUUAAGUAAAAGUAUAAUAUUUCUUCCAUUAAAUACGAAAUGAAUUACUCUAAAAAAACUGU